CAUUCCCAUUUCCAUACUUCACACUCCCUCUCUCGCAAGUCUUUCUCUCUCUAGGGUUUUAAGGUUUUGAGUUGAAGAAAAAUGGAUAGAUACAACAAGGUGCAGAAGCCGAAGCCUGAUUCUCCAGUUAACGAGAAUCAGAUCCGUAUCACGUCUCAAGGCUUUGUUCGUAACUACCUCACCUAUGCCUCCACCCUUCUUCAGGAUAGACAAGUAAAAGAGAUUGUCUUAAAGGCAAUGGGUCAGGCGAUAAACAAAACGGUGGCUAUUGCAGAAAUCUUAAAGAGAAGAGUUCCCCAGCUCCAUCAGGACACUGCAAUCAGCUCAGUCAGCAUAACUGAUACAUUUGAACCCAUUGAAGAGGGCCUUCAGAUUGUGGAGCAGACUCGGCAUGUGUCCAUGAUUUCAAUUACUCUGUCGAAUAAAGAGCUUAACCAGAACUCUCCUGGGUAUCAAGGUCCAUCUAAUGCGGAUCAUCAAACUAAACAGCAGUACAGCAACUAUAAGCCACAGCAACAACAUCAACCUCCUAGACAAGCACUUGCAAAUUAUAAUGCUGGUAAUGGAGAUACUUAUGGACGAGGAAGAGACCGUGGUAGAGGGAGGGGACGAGAUUGGCACAGAGGUGGAUAUUCAAACUACCAAGAAAAUGGUGGGUAUUCAGGUGGCUAUAAUGGAGGCUAUUCUAAUUCAGAAAACGGUGGAUAUUCAGGUGGCUAUUCUAAUCCUGGUGGCUAUAAUGGUGGCUAUUCUAAUCCAGGUGGCUAUUCUGGUGGAUAUUCUAAUUGGGGCCAGGGUGGAAGCCGUGGAGGUUGGGGUGGAGGCUAUUGUGGUGCUGUAUCUGGAAGGGGUAGAGGUGGAGGUGGCAGAGGUUAUGGCAGCCGUGGGCGUGGAGGGAUGGGUGGCCGUGCAACUCCUAGGGGUGGCGGCAACCAAGCAUAGUUGUUGGUAGUUGGUUCUUGUUUGUUUGCUUUGGAGAAGUGCUUGUCUGGUUUGCUAUGUUUGAAAAGUCGGUUUGCAGGUGAUGAAAUAGUGGCUUUAUUUCUUGAGGUUGGUUGGCAGGUGAUGGUUAUUUUGCCAUAAUAUAUCUGUAUGAAGGGCAAGCAAUAUUUUCAGAUGUUUUCUUUUUGUAAAUGUCCAAGAGCAAGCAACCAAAUUCUGACUGGCUAUAUAAUUCUUUUGUUUUA